AUGGCCCCCAAAACCGUGCUUCCCCAGUUCCACUCCAACACUGCCCUUCAUCCCUCUUUUGACCAAGACAUUCGAAAUCUUCACCUCAUCUACGACUACGACGCCCAAGACGAGCAUGGGAAUCCCGAAAAAUGGCGCUACGAGAUGUGGUUCUUCUCCGACGCGCGCAUCGUCUACGCCAUCCACGGCGGACCCAUGGCCGGGCGCAUCAACUACCAGACGGCCACGUACCAGUGCAUCCGGCCCGGCGAGCUCUGGCAGUGCAACUGGCUGGAGGAGACGGGCACGAUUUGCUCCCUGGUCUACGAUAUCAAGGAGCAGAAAAUCACCACGCUGCUGGGCUUCUCGCAGGGCCACUGGGAGAAUGCGGAAGCGGCGCAUGGGGACAAGAGGAACGCGGAGGAUCUUGAGCGCUGGAGAGGUCUGGCCAAGAUUGGAACGCAGACGGACCGGUUCAUGCUUUCGGAGCAGGCGACUAUCCUGGAGGCAUUCAAAGGGCCUGGCGAUCUGCAGCCGAUCGACCCAGAUGCCCCAACAUUCUAA